AUGUACAACCCUGACCCAACGCCCGACGGCCCUCCACCCAGCAAGCAUGACGUGGGUUGGAGGAGAGUCGUUCGUCAUUUCACGCCCUCAUGGUUUUCCGUCACAAUGGGAACAGGAAUCGUGUCUAUUCUGCUGAACACGCUCCCCUACAACGGUGACUGGCUGCGGUACAUAUCCAUCGUGCUUUUCGUGCUCAACGUCGUCCUUUUCGCCAUCGGAACCGUCAUCUCCGUCCUUCGAUAUACCCUCUAUCCGGAAAUCUUCACCCUCAUGAUCACCCAUCCCGUGCAGUCCAUGUUCCUGGGCACCAUUCCUAUGGGCUUUGCAACCAUAAUCAAUAUGUUCUGCUAUGUCUGCGUUCCCGCCUGGGGCGAGUGGACCCGCAACUUUGCCUGGGGAUUGUGGAUUUUCGACGCGGUCUUGUCCGUCGUGAUUGCCCUGUCUCUACCUUUUCUACUCAUGGCCCACGGCAGCGACAUGCAACUGUCCUCCAUGACAGCCGUCUGGCUCCUCCCCAUCGUCACCUGUAUCGUGGCCGGGUCGUCCGGCGGCAUCGUGGCCAGCGUCCUGCCGAAUCCGCAACAUGCACUAUGGACCAUCAUCUGCUCAUACAUGCUCUGGGGUAUCGGGGUCCCAUUGGCCAUGAUGGUGUUGGUGAUCUACCUGCAGCGACUAACUCUGCACAAAAUCCCUCCCAAGGGGGUGAUCGUGAGCGUUCUUCUGCCAUUAGGUCCGCUGGGCCAAGGCGGAUACGGAGCACUGAAGCUUGGAGAGGUCGCACACGCGAUCUUCCCGCAAACCGAGACCCUGGAAGCGUCGACCGGGGAGACGUUCCAUAGCGUCGGAUUCCUGAUCGCGCUGAUCAUGUGGUCAUUUGGCCUGGUGUGGCUGUUUUUCGCGCUGGCCUCGAUUGCUCGAUGCAAGAGCUUCCCCUUUAAUAUCGGCUGGUGGGGGUUCACAUUCCCGCUAGGGGUUUUUGCUGUUUGUACCUGUGAGAUGGGGGCGGCGCUGCCGUCGAGGUUCUUCCGCAUAUUAGGAACGGUUCUGUCGCUGUGUGUGGUGGUUCUGUGGGUCGUGGUGAGCGUGGGGACUUUGAAGGGCGUCUGGUCCGGUCGCUUGUUUUUCGCACCUUGUCUCCCGGUGAUGGAGCGAGAGCCGCAGGUCGAGGAGGGCAAGGCAGCCUGA